UGAGUGUUUAGAAAUGGUGGAUACCACCGGGGAUUCAACAUUAACGCAAAAAUUAUCUGAUAAGAAGGAGCAAAAACCAGAAGAAAACCUAGAAACUGAGCCCAAAAUGGAUGAAACUGAUGAUGAGAUUAUAACUGAAGCACAACCAUUGGCAUGGAAGCCACCUGCAGAUAAUUUUCAUUACCAACUACUUAUGCCUGCUUAUAAAGAUGGGCAGUGUUAUGGAUUGCCAAAGGGAUGGCAAGUUGAGCAAAGACCCCGCACUUCCCCAAAGUACAUUGGCAAAGUAGACCAGUAUUACUAUGAGCCCGGGACAAAUAGGCAGUUUCGAUCAUUGAAGGCUGUUCGGAGGCACUUGCAAGUAAUCUCAGGGAAACAACAUCAGCAACUACCUCGACCUCGACGAGAAAUUGAUGAGCAAGCGUCAAAGCAAAAAGAUGAGCAUACACCAGUGGCAAUACAACAUGGACAUCGGUCUGAUGAGGCUUCGAGGAGCUCCAAUGGGCAUUCGAGGAACAAACUUAGGAGAAAGAGGAAGAGAGCUUCCAGCAGUUUUGAGUUUGACCAUGCAAACCCUCCGGAGAAAGUAACAUGGGCUCUUACUGAUGCUGAAAGUGAUCAGUGGAACCCCUUUGUUGGUGAAAAAACCGUUCCAGAAGCUGUCAAGGAUUUAUGGGUUGACACAUUUGUGUCUCUGAUCUAUCAGAAGAACAAGCACCAAAGCUCUAACUUGUAAGGGUAAUCUUCCCUUUUCAGCAUUACAAGACAGAAAUGCAAUUAGAACUUCCCUACAGUAUCGAUGGUGCAAAAGUUCCCUAUAGAACUUUGGACAUUGGUAGAUACGCCUG